AUCAGUUCUCUUUAACUACUGACGCAGCUCUGUGAACCAUCACUCUCAUGUGACCACACUGAACGGAGUCAUCUAUGGCAUGAUCAUCCCAACAGAACACCAUGGGUCUUAGCUUGAUUUCCCUCUGUCUGUCCCUUCUGAUCCACAGUGGAGUGUUUAGUGAUGCAGGCGAUCUCAAGUCCGUGUCAGUGAUGAAUGGAGAUUCUGUCACACUGAACACUUAUGUCAUCAAACACAAAGAUGAUGUGAUAAUGUGGUAUUAUGGGCCUAAAAACACAUUUGUUGCCAGAAUCAAUGGAAAGGCCAACAGCACCAUGUAUUCAGAUGAUGAGAUGUUUAAAGACAGACUGAAGAUGAACGAUCAGACUGGAGAUCUCACCAUCACAAACAUCACAUCUCAACACUCUGGAGUCUACACACUGAACAUCAGCAAAAAAAAAGUCUACAAGACGUUCAAUGUUAACGUCAGUGGUGAAGUAAAGUCAGUGUCAGUGAGAGAAGGACAUUCUGUUAUUCUUUACACUCAUGUUCUUAAACAGGGUCGUGAUCUGAUAGAGUGGACGCAUGGACCGGAAAACACACUUGUUGCAAUAUUCGAUGAAAAUGUCAACAGAAUCAUGUUCUCUAAAGAUGAGAGAUUCAUAGACAGAGUGAAGCUGGAUGAUCAGACCGGAGCUCUCAUGAUCCAUGAGACCACAAGUCAUCACUCUGGACUUCACACACUGAAGAUCAGCAACAACCGUAAUGUCUCAUAUAAGACAUUUGAAGUUACCAUUCAGGAUGUUCGUGUCCUGUGGCACUGGGUUAUUUCAGCUGUAGGCCUACUUCUUCUGAUCUGUGUCUGUAUACUCACAAAGAGCAGGUUUAACAAAAACUUCACGGGCUCUGAUGGAUGUUUGAAUCUGCAUAAACUCCAGCACCCUGUUUGAUCCAGAAACUUCUAAGUAGUGAAGGAGUUCAUUUCAUUGUAUGGUUAAAAAAUAAACAGCAGGAAUCACAACUUCCUUUAUCUUCCCAAAUGGCAAACUGUAAAGAAUUUCUGUAGAAAUGACAGUAUUACUGACUGCUGUUCGCUACAAGAUGAAUGAUCAUUAAACAUAACAAGUUUUUAUCUUUACAGAAAAAAUGAUAAAAUAACAGCCUCAUGCAAAGCAUUCUGAGAACCAAAAUUUGGAAAAAUUAUUUAUGUGGAUUUCUGGUUCCCAGUUAUUUUAUCGUUUUGUUUCUGUAAAGAUAAAGACUUGUUAAUGUUUAAUAUUAAUUUAUCUUUGAACAAACUGUUUCCAAUUAAUUAGAUUAAUAAAAACCUACAGUGAGUUACGGCAACUAUCUGCAUAACUACAGCAAAAAUGUUUACAGUUAACCAUUUGCCCUUCUAAAGAUUACAGAGGUGUUACCACUCUUACACAUUUAUACAUGCAAGAUGGUUUAAUUAAUCAAAAUAUAUCAAAUAUAACAUAAAAAAACUCUAAUGCAAACAACUGUUAACUAAAAUUUAGAUUUCACUCAUGAAAGCAUUCAUGUUAAUGCUUUCAAAAACUGUAAAUCUUAAAUUAUUUUACGAAAAUUUAUUGUAAACAUGUAAAUGUUAAUUUGCAAUGUUUCUGUGUAUCUUUCACUGCAUAUCUAUUUAUAGGUUUUUUACUUUGACAUGUUUACAUUGUAUUCAGAAUAAAUAUCAAACUAAUGCCAUCA